AUGAGUUCUAGUCCGACCAAGUGGCAGAAGCUUCAGCAAGCUCUUUCACACGAAGACUCCCCAAUGGAAGUCGACGAAGAAAUGCAGAUGGACACCUCAGAUUCUGGUCAACUUAAAUUCGCUGUUGAAGCUGAUGCGAACCCAAUGUUCCGGAAGAGAAUGCGGCACAUGGAAACAGACGAGAACUCCAGCCGAGUCGCCAAUGAGAUUGAGGAAAAACUCGCGGAUACUGAUUCAGCGUUCGAUGACUUCCCCGACAAGAAGAGACUUUCAGCCGUGGAUCGACUGAAACGAUUCCCCGAGAACGAGCGGCUGAUAGCAUCGAUCCCCUCGCGAAUCUACGAGGUCAUCUACCCUGUCCAAGUCAGGCAUCACCAAAAGCUCGGUAUCUCGACGCGAGACGUCAGCUCCAACAAGACCACGAAGCAUUAUCACCAGACUUCACUUCUCAUCAAAGCCUUCCAUUAUAAGUUCCGACUCGAACUUGAGCUCAACGACAAUCUCAUCAAGCCGAGCAUACCUCAGAAACAUCUGAUGCCAAAUGGAAAUUGGAGGCGGACGCAUCAGGAGAUCGAGCACUGCUAUUAUCAUGGAAUCGUCAAAGAUUAUCCUGGAGCCCUCGCCGCCUUCAGGACGUGUAAUGGCAUCAGCGGAGUGAUUCAUAUACAUAACGAAACCUUCGUAAUUCAUCCAUUCUACGGCGGAGACCUGUCGAGAGUCCAUCCCCACGUUAUCUACAAAUAUUACAAUACUAAUUCGACCCAAUAUGUGUGUGGGAAUUCCAAAAUGCACCAAUGGGGUUUCAAGCACUUCAGGAAGCCUCACCCCCCACCAAGAUACAAGCGGGAUGUGCGUGAAGUUUUCAAGUAUAUCGAGCUAGCUCUUGUGCUGGAUAAAGCCAUGUUCGAUGUCCGGAACGCGACUCAUACCGAAGUGAUGGCUGACGCUAUCCAGAUCAUAAACUGCGUCGACAUGUAUUUCCGGCAGUUGCGAACGCGCGUUUCGAUUGUGUAUAUCGAAACGUGGCAGGGCGGAGAUCAGAUCGAGAAGAGCAACGAUGUAAAGCAAACACUCAUCAACUUCCUCGAUUACUCGUCCAAGAACCUCUACCAGCAGCACUCUGACGCUCGACAUCUGCUGACGUAAAGCUGCUCCGGAGUACAAGAAGUCGGCAUGGCCAUCCCAGAUACGAUAUGUACCGCGAAAGCAGUCGGUGUCAGCGAGGACACGAACGUCUACGAACCCCACCUGGUGGCGUCCACGGUAACGCACAUGCUCGGUCAUAAUCUAGGGAUGACGCAUGACUCCGACAGCUGCGCUUGCGAUGAUCCGUGGGGAUGCAUCAUGACCCCCGGAAUUCUAGCUCCGUCGGGUCACAAGGGCUCAACCCACGUACAGCCUAGUCAUUUUUCGAAGUGCAGUUUCAAUGAUUACAUUUCACACGUUAGAGUGGGCCAUGGAGUUUGCCUCUUCAACAAGCCUGGACAGCUCGAGGACUUCAAGACCUGCGGCAACGGCAUCGUGGAAGAGGAUGAACAGUGUGAUUGUGGUUCGAUCGAAGACUGCGGCAAGGUGGAUCCGUGUUGUGAUCCGAUCACUUGCCGAUUGCGCAUGGAGGCAAAUUGUUCGGCGGGUGCCUGUUGUGAGAACUGUAAGCUCAAGCCCGCAGGGCAUCUCUGCAGGCAACCAGAAUCUGAAUGCGAUUUCCCAGAGUUUUGUGAUGGGAAAACCGGCGAGUGUCCCACGGAUAUUUUCCGUCAGAACGGUGCGGAGUGCAAGGCCGGUGCAGGGUACUGUUACGGCGGGCGAUGUGAAACACCCGACGAACAGUGCGAGUUUGUAUGGGGCUUUGGAGCUACGAAAGCUGACGACGCCUGCUUUGAGUACAAUCUUCAAGGCAUGCAGAACGGGAACUGUGGAGAAGAUGAGAAUGGCGCCUACAUCAAAUGCACUCGAGAGCAUAUGAUGUGCGGGAGUCUCCAGUGCCAAAGGGGAGGACGCAUGCCCAUUGUUGCCGGAAUGGAAAAGUACACACGGAUGAAUAUCGCGAAAGAUUCGACAGAAUACGAGUGCAAAGCCACGACCGGUGUCGCCGGAGAAACAUUGGAUUUCGUCGGAUUGGUGUAUGAUGGGACAAAAUGCGGCGAUGGGCACAUCUGUGUCAAUCGCACUUGCCAAAACCUGGCCCACUUCCGCCAGGGCCAAAUUGGCUGUCCUGUGAGAGCUGGGGACGAAUGUUCCGGGCACGGCCUCUGCUCAAACCAGAACUCGUGUUAUUGUGAAAAAGGGUUCAACGGCUACGACUGCAGCGUCCCCGAUCAAGUGACUACGCCGAGCAGUGGGGAGAAAGAUGAUUCGGGAAAAGGAUCUGCGAAGCACAACAAUAACAAAUACAACAACAAUGCCAAUAAAGGAGACUCCACUACGGCAAACCCUGCACAAACGCCGACGACCUCGAGCAGCGGGAGUAGCCAGGACAACCACAACAAGAGUAGUACCACUCCAGAUCCAAAUAAAAAAAUUAUAACAAAGAAAGAAGACGGCAGUACUUCGGUCAAGUCGGGCAACACUACAACAACCUACGUGGCGAGGAAGGACUCAUUGGGAGCUCCUUCUCUAGUGAUGGUACUAGUCUCCGUGGUCGGCGGUGUCUUCAUCUUUUUCGCCCUUCUGGCCACCUGUUACCGGAGAAGUACCAUGCCGAAACUGGAGCAGCCAUUCCAGCCUAUAAUUCAACCGCAUCCCACGCAACAUACGGCUCCUCAGCAACAGACUAGUCAGGCGGCCGUAGCCGCCGCUUACCUUCAGCAGCAGCAAAAAGCUCAUCGGCCGUCCAUGAUGGGCGGUGCGGUCGGUCCCCUUGGAAGCGGCGUUGCAGGUGGUUCGCACCCUCUCAUAGGAACUCCGGGGGCGACACCGCAACUCCAUAGUAGAAAUCCAAGCCUCGGGGCGACAACUCCACCCCCACAUAAGACCGCCCUCCUUCAGGCACUCCAGCAACUGGCCGAGGACAGGAUCAUCACUUUUGGUAGUAUGCCUUCCUAUCGCGAGGAUAAACUCAAGCACGCCAUCAGCGGGCUAGGCGAGGAGACAUUCGUAGAGCUUUCUCCGAAUAACCUCGGAGGUUCACAGACCCAAAUGGGAGCUGUCGGAGUCCCUGGAGAUUGGGCAGCCGAAGCUGACACGCUGUCCGAGGUAGAGAAAACUCUCAAAACUCUCACUGGCUACACAUCAGAUGCGAAUACUCAUUCCUCGUACAGCUACCACGAAGAGAUCUUGGAAGCGCUGCAGCAACAUCAGCAGCAACAACAGCAGCAGCAGCAACAAAGAGCCGCGUCGAAUACCGUUACGCCUACGAUUAGUCCGGGUCAGGACCAUAAAACGUACGCAAUCGACGACGGCACAGCGGCCUCGGCGGCGCUAACAGGCUCUGGUUCAUUAAGGUUCCGGAAUCUGGAAGACCUACUCAGGCAGCUCGAACAGCAGCAACCCGAAGAACCUGAAGUCGACCGACACUACAGUCGGCAUCAUACUCUCGACUCCGGCCUAAGGUACCUCCUGCAAGGAGGUGCAGGUCCGAGUCAGUCGUUGCACGGGAGUCGAUGCCACAGCCGGGCAUCGGCUGGUAGACCACGGGACGACGAGGAGGAGGCCGAAGAAUCUGAGGAAUCUUCCAAUACGUACUCGACCGGACAAAUUGCCCAGCAGAUCCAACAACGACUUCGGUCGGCAUCUGUAGAAGCUAUUCCAAUCGGGGGCUUUCCGAGCCCGCCUUCUGAGGAGAGUGGGUCCUACGAUGGAGCUGGUACCCAUACCCUGCCGCCCCUGAUACCGGGGCCUCCUGUGAACGGAAAGCGGAAAGUAAAGAGACGUCGUCUGCCCGAGUACAAGGUCUAA